AUGUUACUUCGUCGAUUACUUACUUGUUCGAAACCAUUAAAUCAUAAUUUAUAUCGAUCAUUAUCAGUCAGAUCAAUAAUUCAACCUCGUCGUCUAGUAAAAUUUACUGUUGGUACAACUCUAUUGACUGGUCUUGGUUUUAUAUCGUAUACAGUCUAUGAAUCUGGUCCUGAAUGGGAAAAAAUUCGUCGAACAAGUUAUUUUUGGUCUCAUAUGCUUCCAGUUUAUAUUCAUUAUCGAUAUCAACAAAUGUAUUUUAAAUUAUUUCCAGCUAAAAAUUCCGACGAAGAAGAUAAAGUUUGGUCGAAUUUACAUAAUAAAUAUUGUGAUUAUGUUUUUAAUGUUGUUCUCCAUCAACGAGGUGUUUAUAUUAAAUUAGGACAAAUAGCAUCGACUCGUCCAGAUAUUAUACCUAAACCUUAUUUAAAAAAAUUUGCUCAAUUACAAGAUGGUGUACCUGCUCAAUCAGGUGAAUAUGCUAGACAAAUGAUUGAACAAGCAUUUGGUAAACCAUUAGAAGAAAUUUUUUCUGAAUUUAAUCCACAACCUGUUGGUGCAGCAACUAUUGGACAAGCACAUGAAGCUCGUUUAAAAGGAUCAAAUAAAGCAGUUAUUGUUAAAAUUCAAUAUCCAGAAGUACGAAGACUUUUUGGCUUGGAUUUUUCAACUUUAAAAAAAUUUGUUCGAUUAGCACAACCAGAACAUUUACCUUUGUUUGAUGAAUUUGAAAAAGGAUUUCAAAUUGAAUUUGAUUUUAGAAGAGAAGCAAGAGCAUUAGAUAUUAUUGGUAUGAUGAAGUUUGGUUUUUAUUUUUAUCAUAUGUAG